AGCUAACAGAGCCGGUUAGUGAAGUCGGAACAUAAACAUUUGGCAAGCACUAUGCAGAACUUGACCCAGUAAAGCCAAGAGAUAUCAAGAGGGAAGUGCUUGUACUUUGGCCAGUAUACGUUUUUGAUGCUCCAUAGUCACAAAAAGGUCAGCCAUGAGACUCCUCUUCCCUCUUUUGCUCUGUGUGGCAGCGGCUCUGUCCUCUGCUGUCAUCACUUCACCACUCUUAGAGGUGUCUGUGCAUUUCAGCAAUUUAUGGACCAAAUUGAUCCUGACACAGCAGUGGCCCAACACUUUCUGUUCGAUGGAGCAUUGCCAUCCCAACCUGAGCUACUGGACGGUACACGGACUGUGGCCCAAUAAAGGGAAUGACUGCAAUUCUUCAUGGCAUUUCAACUCUUCUGAAAUAGAGGACCUGCUCCCAGACAUGAAGAAGUGUUGGCCAGACCUGCUUCACCCUUCUUCCUCUCAAUUCUGGAAGUACGAGUGGUCUAAGCAUGGAACAUGUGCAGCUGAAGCAGCUUCACUGAACAGUCAACAUAAAUAUUUCAGCAAGGCGCUGGAACUAUAUCAUAAGGUGGAUUUGAACAGCAUGCUGACCAAGCUUAACAUUAUCCCCUCUGACAAAUACUACACUUUUUCAGAAAUUGAGGAAGGGAUUGAACGUUUCUAUGGCGCUAAACCUAAGAUCCAAUGUGUGCAUCCAUCAAAGAACUCUGAGCCCCAGAUCUUGGGACAGAUUGAGAUCUGUUUUGAUGCCGACUUCACUCUGCAGGACUGUGAGAAACAUUUUUCCACCGACAGUUUUUCAAGAGGACAGUGGGACCAUCCCCUUGAUGUUAACAAACCAUCUGGACUGAGCGUGUGUGCCCAUGACAUACCAGUUUAUUACCCACCUGUUAUACCAGGUUACCCGCACGUUUGAGCAUGUCCGCAUGCAAAUGCAAACGUGCUCGAACUGAGGAGCUAUUGCACACUACAAAUCUUCUUUUACCCUUUUCUUGCACAAAACGUAACCAAUAAUUUUUUUGUUUGUAAAUGCAUUCUAAUUUAACACACACACACUAAUAAACAAUGUAUUUCACCCUGUUUAAGAUUCAUAGGGAACAACUGUAUUGAAAACAGCGCUUAGAUCCAGUAAGAAUCACUGUGAUGACAUUCAAAGCUUCCUUUUCAUUUAUCUUUGUUGAAAAUGUUAGGUUAGAUACGGGUCUUUAAAUAUGUACUAGCAGGGGAUCCAGAUUAGGCUGAGAAGAAGUUUGAUCAUUGCAGUUUUCAGGGCCUGUGGAAAAUAAUUGGGGUGCAUCAGUUGUUUACCUGCACUAUUUAACCUAAUCCAAGUUAGAGUCAGCAUUUCACUCUCAGAUCUGUUUUUCUUAAAUAGUUAGGAAGAAUGUCAGUGUGGCCAAAGCCAGACCCCCACCCACACAUUAUUCAAGUCUAACAGAAAAUUGGACAGAUUCUGUAUUGCAACCUUUUUGGUUGUGCUGUGUCCUUUUAGUCAAUAACAGUUUACAGAUGUCCUCGAAUGUUCAAAAGCCUAGAAAGAGAACCGCCUUCACUUUAAUACUAACAAUGCCUUACUUUGGGACUUGUUCGUUUUGUUCAGUUGACCUUCCUAAUGAUUGUAAUCGACUGCCUUUUGGGUUUGAUUAAAUGAAACCCAACCUUUUGUUCAGUGCAUCCUAUAUACAGGGAAUAUCUAAAUUGCCUUUCUCUAUUAUUUUUUUUACAAAAUAGUCUAGAAAUGUUUAUUAAAAAUGGAAAGUCUGUGUAGUCAAAUUCACACAUAAACAGUGAUUAGUUUUAAUUAUCUGUUGCCUCAGGCUACUUCUAUGUGUAGCUAAUUGAUUGCUUGACAUUAUUAUUUGAUGUUGUGUCAAAUUUCCGAAACUUGCAAUUGCGUAGUGCUGUAAGCUCUUAUUUUUUUUACUAUGAAUAAAUAUAUCUUGUUGAUUCUCA